CCGCAAAUAAGUACAUAGAAAAGCAGUAGUAGGCAGCAACGUUGAUAGAGCACGUAAUAGUACAUCUUAAUUUUUGCUACAUUCAGAAAAAUCUUGAGAGAGAAAAUGGGCACCCUCAUCGCUCCUGAACACGCCGAUCCCAUUGCUGAUGCUGAAGCUCUUAGAAAAGCUGUCCAAGGAUUUGGUACUGAUGAGAAUGGCAUAAUAUCAAUCAUUGGUCAUAGGAAUGCAGACCAGAGGAAGCUUAUCAAGGAAGCUUAUGAACAGCUGUAUAAUGAAAAUCUUAUUAAGCGUUUUGAGAGCGAGCUUUCUGGGAACUUUGAGAAAGCUGUAUAUCGGUGGAUGUUGGAUCCCUGUGAUCGGGAAGCUGUUCUAGCGUACAAUGCUCUAAAGAAAGCAGACUACCGAGUAAUCAUCGAACUCUCGUGCAUCCCUUCUUCCGAAGUACUCUUGGCAAUCAAACGGGCUUAUCAGGCUCGAUACAGACAUAGCUUGGAGGAAGAUGUUGCCUCUCACUUCUCUGGUGAAAUGCGCACACUGCUACUUUUGCUAGUUAGUGUGUACAGGCAUGACACUGAAGAGUCAGAGCCAAAACUGGUCGAAGCAGAGGCUGAAAUCCUUCACAAUUGCAUCAAGGAUAAGGAUUAUAAACACGAUGAGAUCAUAAGGAUUUUAACCACUCGGAGUAAGGCUCACCUCGUAUCAACCUUUUACCGUUUUCAAGAUAUCUCAGGAACUUCCAUCACUGAGAUUUUGGAUUGUGACCAAGAUCAUGAAUUCGUUGCAGCACUCCAAGCUGUCAUUCGAUGCAUCAAGUGUCCUCAGGAGUAUUUGGAACAGGUUCUGACUGAUGCACUUAUGAAGCACGGAACUGAUGAAGAUGCACUGACUAGAGUGAUAGUAACGAGGGCAGAGAUAGACUUGGGAGAAAUCAAGGAGCUUUUCUACAAGAGGAACAGUAGGACACUUGAGCAUGUUGUGAUUAAAGAGACUCACUGGGACUAUGAGACCUUCCUAGUCACCUUACUCGGAAAAGACUAAAAGAGCAUUAAACAAGAGAUAAGAUACUCAGUUACUUGUUAUUGUUAUCAUCAUAUCUGUUUUGAGAGCUUGUUUUGUUACCAUUUUGUUUGGGUUGGGUGUGUGGAGAAGAGACCACACAAGACUCUUUGGCUAUUAUAUUCCUAUGUUUACUAUGCGUACUAUGUUUUGCUAAGAAUAAGGAUAUCAGUGUUUUAAUCUUUGAUUGAAAUUGCUGCUUUCAUACCCAAACAUAGCUUUUAGUAGCCUCUGCCUCUCUUUUAAAGUUUCUCCAUAUAUUGUCCAACACCACCAAUUACCUAUCUUGGCCUCCAACGAGUCAGCCUUUUAACACAUUUGAAAACAUAACUUUAAGAUUAUUAGCAACUUUUGUUCAUCAAGUAAUCAAAACAAGAUUAAGAAAAUUAAUCUAACUUGUUAGUUAAAGUAAGAAGAGUACUCAAGUACUAUAAUGUGAUUGGAUGAUGAAGUAUCAAACAAGUACACUAGUACAUUGUACUAGGUGUUAGUGGGUGCUUAGAUGAAGCAAACCUUGGGUACCAAAUACUACAUUGUGAUUGGAUGAUGGAGAAUCACACAAAUACAUUAGUACAUUGAACUAGGUGGUAGAGGGUACUUGGGCACCAAGACUUUUACCCUAUAAAUACUCUUGUUUUUGGCCUUAGUUAGAUGCACCAAAGUCUCAUUUGUAAGAGAAUCCUUUUUGCUAAGAUUACUCCCUAAUUAGCUCUUGUCUUCUUACAUUAAACCUUCAUUUGUAAUUCCUCUCAAGUUUGUUUAUCUUUUUUAAACACAUUAAUAUAAUCUUAGGCUAGAUGGUGGACGUAGCCCAUUGAUUGAUGAACCGCCUUAAAUUCUUGUCUUGAUUAUUUCUUUAUUAUUGUAAUUCAUUUCAUCUACUUGCUCAUUUGUUUCCAACACUUGUCACAUCAUAAACAUCCAUUUAAAUUUCAUUUUGUGAUCUUUGUGUGAGGUAUACACCUCUCCUUUCAAUGACUUUUCAUAACUUAUGUGAUUGUCUUUAACAUUAGUCAAAUUUGACUACUAAUGACGGAGAUCAUAAAGGACUUGUCACCAUUCGUGAAAGAUCAACAUUUGUAUGAUAUUGUCAGCAUUUGGCCGAGCCUGCGCGGACUUGUUUUUGGCCACCUUCCUAAAAUACCUCAUGUUAAUUCAGAGGCGGUCACUUAUAUAUUUAUCAACUCUUAUUUAUUUUUCCAACUUGGGACUUGAGAUGUAUACUCAACAUUUAAAUAAGGUUUUUGAUGAUGUUUGUAAUUAAGUUUUAAUUAGAAACAACUUAUGUGCUAUUACAAGGGUAAAUAUGAGUACAAUCGGCCCCAAAAGCUAGCCUAGGAGGGAGCCGAGAUAGAAGGUACUUAAUAGAGUUGGAGUAAUAGAAUAAUGUAUUAUUGAUAAGUUCGAUUAUAUUAAGUCAAAAAGUACGCAUUUUGUUUUUGUAAGAGACGUUAGAAUUUAUUUAUACUAUUUCAUGACAAUAGCAACAAUUCUCAGAUGAAGUGUAUAGGAAAGAAAAAAGGAAUAUAGUGACAAUAUGCUAAUUUUUCCCUGCA